AUGCCGGACACGGAGGCGCGAGAUCAUGCUGAUGAGAGCUCGCGGCUCGAGUCAGAGACCUCCGCCGACCUCACGCAGCAAACCACGAACCCCGACUAUGGCGACAAUGUUCCAUCGGACCACGAGGAACAGGAGAAUAAUGAGAAGUCGCGCCGAAAGAGACGACGAACCGGCUCGUUCGCAACGGGUCGGUCCAUGGACCUCACCCGCACCAUCACGCGGCGGGAGACCAUCAUGUCACGCAUCCGGACAAGACCACCCAUAGGCCCCUUCAGUCAUCCGUUGAUCAAUCAGAAAACGACCGUCGAGGAGCUGGUCGAGUUCGACGGGCCCAAUGACCCCUACCGGCCGCUGAAUUGGGCGAUGAAGAAAAAGGUCGUCACGACGGCCUUGUAUGGCUUCACCACCAUGAGUGCCACCUGGGCGUCCAGUGCUUUCAGUCCCGGGACUCACCAAGUGGCGCACCAGUAUCAUGUGGGCAAUGAGGUCGCGACCCUCGGCACGACUUUGUUCUUGUUCGGAUUCGGGCUGGGGCCGCUACUGUGGGCGCCUCUGUCAGAGGUCUAUGGUCGUAAGAAUGCCGUUCUGCCUCCAAUGUUUGUGGCAGGUUGUUUCGCGUUCGCUACCGGAGUGGCCAAGGAUAUCCAGAGCAUAAUGAUUCUCAGGUUCUUUUCUGGAUUCUUUGCUUCCGCACCGGUCACCAACACGGGCGGUGUCUUGGCCGACCUUUUCCCCUCGUCGCAGCGAGGCAUUGCCAUCGCCACAUAUGCCAUGGCGGUGACGAUAGGGCCUUCAUUGGGUCCGAUCGUCUCUUCCGCAUUGGUCGUGCAGUCCGGUCUCCGCUGGCGAUGGACCCAGUACCUGACAGGGAUGAUCCAGCUGUUUGUACUGACGCUGGACGUCAUCUUCCUCGACGAGUCGUAUCCGCCGCGGUUACUAGUCUACAAGGCUCGUCGACUGCGGCAUGAAAGCGGGAAUUGGGCGCUUCAUGCCAAGUUUGAAGAGUGGGAUGUGUCGAUUCAGGAGUUGGCCAGAAAGUUCUUGGUCCGACCAUUCCAGCUGCUUUUCACCCCGAUCUGCGCGAUGAUGGCGUUGUAUGCCAGUUUUUGCUAUGGCAUCUUGUACAUGCAGCUUGGGGCCAUCCCUAUCAUAUUCGCCGAGAACCGUCACUGGAAACAAGUCCCGUCAGAACUCCCGUUCCUCGCCAUCUUGGUCGGCACUUUCAUCGGUGCGGGGAUCAACGUCUAUAACCAACUCCUAUACAACAAGAAGUCUGGGGGCAAGGUCGUCCCAGAACUGCGUCUCCCUCCCAUGAUGCUCGGUUCGGUAUUUUUUAGUGGCGGUCUCUUCCUCACCGGCUGGACCGCCGAUCCCAGAUAUCAUUGGAUCAUUCCCUGCGUUGGCCUGUCCAUGGCCGGCGUCGGCUUCUUCACCAUUUUCCAGGCAGCCCUGAACUAUCUGGUCGAUACAUUCCAGAAGUACGCGGCAAGCGCAGUCGCCGCCAACACAUUUCUAAGAUCCUGCUUCGCUGCGGUCUUCCCACUCGUCGUCACCCCGCUAUAUCACAAUGUCGGGGUCCCCUGGGGCACAAGUAUCUUUGCCUUCUUCGCCACGGCCCUGAUUCCCGUGCCAUUCUUCUUUCACGUCUAUGGCAAGAGGAUUCGUCAACGGAGCAAGUGGAGUCGAUUUUGA